AUGAGCCACGCUCUCUAUCAGGUCCACAAUGAUCCUUUAGAUCUCACAUCACAAUCCAUGUCGGUUAUACCAACCAUGGAGGCGCCUACCGCUGACGUGGACCUUUCGCCGGAGAAGAUUGAAAAUGAGAGAGAGGGAGGUCCAAUGUUCCAUUGUGAUUUACAUGAUACAGAAAUAGUUCACAAGCUUGCUCAGAUGUUUUUGCCAGGUUUAGCCUCAGCUUGUGUUGAUAACACAACUGGAGAUCCCUUUAACACUGCUGGUUCAGUUGCGGAUGAUUUGAGGAAAGAAAUGAUUGAUUAUCUUACACAAAGAAGUGAGUCGUUUGUUGCUGAGACUGUUAUCUUUGACGAUGGUGCGGAUGGUGAAGUCUCGGAUCAUCCUUUCGAUAUUAUUUCUUUUUUUGUGGAUGACUUUGUUAAUUCGAAGAGGAAUUUGUUGAGUCAGGUUUCAGGAUGGCUGUUGAGUGAUAAUAGAGAAGAUAACAUAGAUGAUUUUGUUCAGGAGAUGGAAACGAAGGGUUUUUGGUUGUUGGAUAGAAGAGAAAAAGUUGCUGAAAAUUUGCUUAGGAAUGUUGAUUUCAAGAACUCGUUUCAUUGUAGCAUGAGUUUUAUUAACGCGGAAGAGCUUGCCAACCAUGUUGAUAAUUGCAAUUUCAAAUCUGUGAUCUGCCGUAAUGAGGGAUGCAAUGCGAGGUUUAGCGCUGUUUAUUUGAAGGAGCAUGAUUCAGAAUGUCCUUUUAAGAUAAUUCCAUGUGAGCAGAAGUGUACGGAUAACAUUAUGAGACGUGACAUGGAUAGGCACUGCAUAACUGUUUGUCCGAUGAAGCUUGUGAAUUGUCCUUUCUAUGCAGUCGGUUGUCGAUCGGCCAUUGCACAAUGUAGCGUUGGAAAACAUUGCUCAGAUGAUCUUCAAUCCCACUUAUUGCACUUGCUUAAAGGGAUCCACAAGGAUGCAUCUGGCGGAGAUCUUAGUCGACGAGUAGAGCGAAUUUUACAGGCAUCAUCAAGCAAUAGGUUAGCAGAAGCUCGCGAUGUUAGAUCUCUAAAAGUUAUUGUCAGAGAUCUUGAAGCUAAGUUAGGGCCUUUGGAAGUCAGUACCAUAGAGAAAACUAAAGCAGAACCAGUUGCAAAGAAUGAAAAUAGUGAAGACAUUGGCACCGAAACAAAGGGUGGUGCACAAGCUUCAACUUCAUAA